ACUUUCAGUUAUCAACAAUAUCAAACACGGUUAAUAUCGAUAAAUUGACGACUUCUAUGGUAUUUAAGUAUUUCAGGCCGUCUGGUCGCACUUAAUGUAUUUCUUUUGCGCAUUUUUUGUUUACAACAACGACACGAAGAAACAUUUACAAAUUAAAUGGAUAUAUCCGUUUCCUCGCUAAACACCUCCACUCUGGAGGAGGACGAGGUGCGCCUGGGGUAUACUCAUGAUGACAUCAAAUCGUUUCUCUACAAAUCGUCCAUAGGCUGGUGGUUUCCAUUUGUCGAUGAGACCAAAGCCACCAAGCGGCUGCUGGAUCAGUUCAUGAUCUGCUUAACAACCUGCGCUCCGAAGAAUCUGAAGGAGCUGCUUGAUCUGUUCACGUUGUCCAUUAUGAUGAUGACAUACCAAAAGGACGAUUCCCAACUGAUGAAGGAGCGUUUGAACUUUGUCGAAACAGUCAGCCAACUUCCAUUCACUCUAGACACAGAAGGGGUUCAAUACAUUGCCAUUGGCUUGCACAAGAGCUUGGUGGAUGAAGCGCUGGGAAAGGAGCGCUUGGAACGAGUGCUGGACAUUCACGACGCCAUUCCCGCUUUGGUGAAGUCCUCGAAGCUGGGCAACGAUAUCGCGGUGGCCCUUCUGCUCACCAUUAUGGGGCAUUACGCGAAAGUACCAGUCGAAUUGGGGAGCAACAAUGCGCAGAAGGCCUUCGCAUUGGCCAAACUGGUUAAUUGGCAGGAGCUGGCGGACAGUGACCGACAUGCGGACAUGUUUAUGCUAAUCCGCACUUUCAGCUUAAUUAUCAACUGUCGCAGCUCGCGUGAAGAGUGUUCCGAGUGGAAGGAUCUCAGUGCGGAGAUACACAAGUACUUUCUGCAAGUGCGCAAGGCAUUUGAUAAUUCGAUGGUCUACGGGGCCUUUGAAAUGAUGGUAGAGCGCUUCAUUGCAUAUUGCGUUGUUCGAGGGGCCACAGCAACCCCCCACUUCUGCGACUUUAAGAUAUGUGACGAUACAAAUACAAAUACAACCAACGCAGAGGCUUAGAGCCAAUUGACCGAUUAUUUGUUAAGUGUAUAGUUUGUACGAGUAAACGUUAAGACAGUGCCUAAAGUAUUCUAUGUGUAUCUGGACAUAUUAACCAUACAGCUGAGAUGAAAUAAACACACCAAAUUACCUA